AUGAGUUUUUGUGUAAGUAAAAGUAAAAGUAUGAGUUUAAGUUUAAGUUAUUCUUCAAAAAAUGGGUUAGAUAAAAAUGUAGAAAAAAAAAAAAAUACACAGAAUAAUUAUACAAUUGAAGAAAACUUUAAUGAAGAUAAGAAAUAUAAGGAAGGUAUUAGAAAUGAUUUGGGUGAUUUUAAUAUAUCAGAAAAAACGAAAGGACACAUUAUUUUAGCAGAAGAUAAUUCAAGUGUGGAUAAAAAAUUAAAACAUAAAUUAACCGAAGAUAGUGACGAUGAUAAUUUAAAGAAAAAAAAAAGAAAAAAAGAACAUAGCUAUUCAAGUGAUGGAAUAAGUUUAUCUUUUAGUGAUAAUGAAAAAAAAGAGAAAAAAAAAAAGAAAAAAAUAAAAAAUAAUAAAAGAAAGAAAAAUGAAAACAAUAAUUCAAAAUAUUUUGAAAGAGAUAGUUGUGAUUUAGCUGCAAAAAGAAAAAGAAAAAAAGAAUAUAAUAGACGUAAAAAAUAUAUAUCAAUAACAAGUAGUUAUGAGAGCUAUGAAAAAAAAAAAAAAGACAAAAAAAAAAUGAAAAAUGAAGAAUAUAAAAGAAAAAAGUACAAUAGGAUAAGUAGUGACAGUUUUUCAAGUUUUUAUGAAGAUAUAAAUUAUAGUGAUAGUAAAAGUAGAGAUGAAAAUAGUGAAGAUAAUAAAAAGAGAAAAACAUCUGAUUAUGUAAAAAAAAUUAAUAGACAUGAAGAAAAAAAGAAGAAAAAAAAAAAGAAUUAUAAGGAUAGAAAUAAUUUAGAUAGAUUGAACAUAAGUAAGAAUUGUAAUAGAAAUAAAAGUGAAGAUUCUUAUUCAACUAACUUAAGUUAUGAAGAAUUAAAAAAAAAAAAAAAAAAUAAAAUAGAAAAUGGAAAUAAAGAAAAAUAUGAGAUAUCAAGCGAUGCAGAAAAAGAUACAAAAACAAACAAUUUAAAAUAUUCUACCACUGAAAAUAUAGAUAAUAUGAAUAAAAAAGAUAUCAAAAAUAAUGAAUUGGAAAAUAAUGAUGAUUACAUGAGUAGAAAUAAAAAACAUGAGAAUAAAACUUUAAAAAAAAAAUUAAAACAUGAAAAUAAAAGAGAAAAGGAGAAAACAAAUGGAAGGGAUUUGGAGAAAGGAAAAAUAAAAGAAAAAAAUAAAGAAAAAGAUAAAAAAAAAAAAAAGAAAAAAAAAAGAAAACAUAAUGAUUAUGAUAGUGAAACAUAUGAAUAUACUUUUUCUUCUAAUGAUAUGAGUGAUUCUAAUUAUUUAGAUUCAUCUAAAGAACCAAAUGUUUGUAGUCAUAGCGUAUCUGAGGAGUUAUUAAGAUCAAAAAUUAAAGAUUCUUACAUUAAAAAAGUGAGUAAUGAAUCGGAAAAAAAAAAUCAUGAUGAGAAAUUAAUAAAAAAAAAAAAGAAAAAGAGAAGAAGAGUUAAAAGCUAUAGUGAUAGUGAUGAAAUUAAUUAUCAUUUAAAAAAGGAUGCACUGAAAGAAAGAGAAAUUAAAAGAUAUGAGGACAAUGAUAAAUAUCAUAAACUAAAUGAAAACAAUAAAAGAAAUGAUUCAAUAAUAAAAUAUGAAAAUAAAAGACAAAGUUUUUAUUAUAAUGCUACACAUAAACAUAAAUAUUAUGAAUAUCAAAAUAUAAAUAAUUUAUUAUGUAAUGAUAGAUAUUAUAAUAAUAAAAAUAUUAAUGGAAUAGAAAAAACAGGAAUAAUAAAUAGAGAAAAAUCAUGUCCUUUUUUACUUCGUCUUUUUUAUAAACUUAAUAGUGAGUAUAAUGAUAAUGAUAUAGAUAUAUAUUCAAAAGAUUUUAAUAGCAAUGAACUUCAAAUUUAUGCAUGGAUUGAUAUUACAAUGAGAGAAAUAGUUACACUUGUAAAAGAUUUUUAUGAAGAAAGUAGAAAGAGAAAUGCAGAGUGGAUAUUUAAAGUAUUAUCUAAUGAAAAAAAACAAUUAACUUUUUUAUCAAAAAUUCAUAGUACAAAAUAUAAUUAUAAAGAAGAUAAUAAAACACUCUUAUCAUUAAAUUACGAAAUUGGAGAUAUAAUAUUACUAUCUAUUUUAUUUGAUAAAUAA